AUGUUCUGUGGGCCGAGUGGCACCGGAAAGACACUGAUGGUGAACGCCCUCGCUGCCCAUUUGGAGAAGCGAGUCUUGCUCGUGAAUUUCAAGACGCUGUACAGCCACCACAGUGAGCCUGGUCUGGGCUCGGAUGAGGAUGGCUCCAGCGUCUUGAAGCUCUUCCGCGAAGCGGAGAUGAGCGAUGCAGUCUUGUUCUUUGAUGAGUGCGAGUCGCUCUUUUCGCAGCGCUCCACAGGCGGCAACUCCGAGAUGACGGCUUUGCUGACAGCUAUGGAGAGAUACGAGGGAAUGAUUUUCCUGGCCACGAACCGCCCUUUCGACCUGGAUGAGGCCAUGUAUCGUCGGAUUACCUCGGUCUUCACCUUCAGCAAGCCCGACCACAUCCAGAGACUCGAGAUCUGGAACCUCUAUACGAAGUCAGGUGUCCCUCUGACUCCGGGAAUCGACUGGGAGAAGAUUGCGAUGAAGUUCGCUCUCACGGGGGGCUACAUCAAGAACGCUAUCGUGAGUGCUCUGCUCUUGGCCAUCUCACGUGACAAUGUACAGCCACAGGUCACGGAAGAAGACAUUACGGGUGGGUGCAUCAUGCAGGUGCGUGGUUCCCUUCAGAUGCAGAGCUUCGCAAAACGGCUGGUUCCCCGUGCAGGGCUCGAUGCCUUGGUCCUGACCGCUGCGCUGAAACAGAAACUGCUGGACAUCGUGGCUUUCGAAAAGGCAAGGCCCCUCUUGCUCGAGAACUGGGGCUUCGGAGAUGUCGGUGACUUGCCUGGAUCACUUGGACGGAGCCACUCGGAGUCUCCACGAAAGUGGAUAAUUCCGCACGGAACUCAGGCAGCGAAGGUCCGGGCAAAGUUGACGGAGUUACGAAGCCCUCGGACUGAACUACGCCGUGUUAGCUUUAAGCGGGGUUGA